UUCGGCCUAGAGAAAAGCAGUAUAGAGGUGUAAGUCAUGGGAAGGAAGUCCAAGCCAGCUCCCGCUUACCAUGAUGUCCCUGGCUGCUUCAACGGAAUCUGGAACGGAGCACCGGAAUCCGAGGAUACGACCCCUGUCGUCCUAGCGAGGAAAUCGCUCUCCGAGCGGAAAUUUUCCGAAGGUUUUGAAGCUCCCAGGAAUAGCUUGGACAUUUCCAGUGCAGUAUUCGAGAGUAUGAGGCAAAACCAUGUACCAGCGUCUGCACCGAGCGAUGAAAUUCCGUUUGGAUUCGAGUUUGCGCUGAGAAAAUCCACGGACAAGGCACCACCCCGAGUUUCAGUCCCAAAUCCAUCAGCCGCAAGCAUGGACAGCAGAUGCCGCUCGCCGAGUGUAAUUGCCAGACUGAUGGGCUUGGACACGCUUCCUGCGGAACAGCCACUCCCUCAGUUAAAACGGCAAGCAACUUCAAAGCAAACCUCACAAGAGGAGUUGCAACUUCUUUCGUCAGAAAGACGUAGCCUUCUCACCAGCAGAAGCACCAAGGAGCGCUACAGCGGCAGCCAUGAACAAGUGAGGCACCAGCAGUUGACAAGGCAACUCAGCUGCAACGGCAAUUCCAAGCUCAAGGAAUGGCCUCCAAGAACAGAGCAGGACGAGUUUCUUCUCUUUGACGUGCUGCCGUUUCGCGAUCAUCCACAGGAGAAGCAGCUCGAGAAACUGAAGCAAGAGUUCCAGGCCCAGCGGCACCGAAAGUCACAGAUGGAAGAGCAAUUCUCCUCACUUCAGAUGAAGCAGAGAGCUGCAAAAGUCGGCAAUUCUGGCAUUUCGGUCCCCGAGAAACUCUUGGAAGCAGUCACGAACACCAACCGUCAACCCGGGGAGCCGAAGGAGAUGCUUGACGCCAUCCAGUUCCUGCAAUCCAACAAAGAGUUUCUGGUCAAAUUUCUUCAAGAACCAAACUCUGUUUUCGCAAGGCACGUAUAUGACUUACAGGCCUUGGCCGCGAAAGAAGCAGCGGCGGAAGAAGAAGCGAGGAACAAAUCAAGGUCUCUGCACAGAACACCCAAAGAAAUCGUCACACAGCAGCAAGACAACAUUGGAUUCUCCAGGAAGUUGGUAGAACCCAAAAAAGAUCGCGACCUUACCAGGGGUAGUAGCGCAAAGAAGCAAGUCGUCCAGAAGCAGCAGAGAAAAGGCAGCAUCGAAAGAAGCCAAGUUCAAGACGAUAGCAAGAUCAUCCUCCUCAAGCCCAACGCGAAACCGAACAGCACUCCAGCACGGACUCCCACCACUCCACGUUCAAUGGAGCUUGCAGAAGACGGCGUGAAGAAGAGCCGCUGCUUGAAGAAUGUUAGCGCGUCGACCACCGAUCCACGGGAGAUGGCCAGGCAGAUCGCCAAACAAGUUCGAGAGAACGUCACCAAAGAGCUGGAGCAGAAGAACUCGAAGGCGGACAGUAAAGCUCGAUCACGGGCAGCAGCUUCAACUUGGAGCUUCGAUGGAAUUGAGAUGGCAGUCGGAGGUUGCGAAGGAUCGGAACCAUCCUCGAGAAGAUAUCCGAAGGACUACCAAGUUUAUCAAUCCACCGCAAGCUUGCCGAGCUCGCCAAAGCUGAGCAGCAGGGACAAAGUGCCCGCCGCCAACGUCAGCAGCAAAGAAGGACGAAAGCAGCUCAUGCAAAAGCUUAAGCUGGCCGCCGAGGCGAAUCAGUCCGAUGAUGAGUCGUCCAGGGAUUCGUCAGUCAGCAUCCAGAUUGAGAUCGUACCGGCAGCUAAGCAGCAGGAAUAUGAACAGCCGAAGAAGCACAAAGGUGGUAAGCUGUUGAAGCUCUUCAGUAGAGACAGUCAGAAAUCUGCGUCCGAUGACUCUCCAAGGCUGUUGGUAAGGUCGAAGUCAGUUUCCAGUCUUGUGGAGGAGCAAAGUCCGGGGCCAGCCGAAGUUCUCGAACGAACACAUUCCUGCAGUAGCAGCCGUUCAUCGAUCCCGGAUAAUGCCAGCAGUAGCAUUUCGACUGCUUCGACUCCCAAAGGAAAAUUCUCGAGUCUCAAGAGCAGCCUGCUGGGAAAGAAGAAGAGCCACACCCGGACACCUUCGGACGCAUCAGAACUCGUCAAGCCGUCCCCAGAGAAGCAACAGGUGGCAUGCAGGACGAUCGAACACUCGGUCUCCUCUGCCUUCGAAGACCACUACAUCCGGACUUUCAGAAAAACGGAGGCCCAGCUCGCCGGCUCCUACGAACGUUGCAAUUCCGACAAGGUAAGAACUGCCGUUGCCAUUCAUCCUUCCUCCACUGACGAGAGUUACUUUGCUCAGUUCGAUCAGUCCCCAAGGUUCCUGUCCCUCGAUAUUACUGGAGGUCUGGACCAUCUCGAGACGUCGUCCGAUAUCCAUACAGAGAAGUCCGAGCAACCAAGUCCUGUUUCCGUCUUGGAGAGGGGGUUCAUCGAAGAAAGUCCCAGUCCUGUAAGCUUCGAAGAUGCCAGUUCCGACUUGCAAGAACUUCAAAUGCGUCUUGAACGUCUCAAGUUGGACGAGUCUGGAAGAACUCAAAACGUCGGACACCUUGCGACGACCGAAAAACAAGAAUUUGUUCCUGCUAGUUCCCCGGCGGCUGCAAAAGCUGAUCUUUCAUCCUUGGCACCCCUCAGAAGUCGACACUGCUCCCCGACCAGCCAAGACCACCUAUACAUUUCCAAGCUCAUCCACGCCUCAGGCUUCUCAAACUCCCUCGGCUCGUUAUUCGCCUGGCACUCCCCUACUUAUCCCAUCGAUCCAUAUCUCUUUGCCAAGCUCGAGGAGGACUACGUCUGUUCUGAGGAACCGUCACCCUGUCAACCUGGAAAGAGAAGAAGUUCCCGAAGUCAGAGAAAGCUCAAGAUUGGCAGAACCUUUACCCAGGUACAAAGACGCCCGGAGACGUUGCACAGGCAGAUGCUGUUCGACGUUGUCAACGAGGUCCUGUCCCAGAAGUUUCAGCACCUGUGGGAUGACCGUCCAUCACUUACCACAGGAAAGGAAGGAAUCAGGCCCAUUCCUUCGGGGAAAUACUUGCUACACGAAAUCGACAAGGCGAUCUCCCUGUACCGCCACGAAUAUGACACCGUCGACUACUCCCUCGAGAACUUGGUGGAGAGAGACGUGAAUAUAAGCGAUCAGUGGAUGGACACCAGCAACGACUUGCGAAAGAUUGGUGCCGAGGUUGAAGUAAGUAUUUUCAAUAGCCUUGUUGAAGAGUUGGCCUACAGCCUCAUCAGAUAGAGCUCCCGACAUAGCUUCGACGUAUUAUCCUACUUAACUUCAUAGAUAAUUCUUCCAACUUUUCCAGCUCUGCAGAACACAACUGUUAAUAUAUGUAAAUCUGCCGCAAUGAAAACCAUUGAAGAAUCUGACCUUUA